UGUGGUUUCAAUAGACGGAGGUUACCAAGCACCCUAAACUCCAACAUGGAGGUCGUUAUUGGGACGUACGAUCCAUUUCUCAUCGGAUUUGAUCUUAUAACAGACUCCAACGAAGACACGGGCUAUCGCUUCGAACCGAAGUUUGUUGAUCGGGGCCAUGCGGGUUGUGUGAAGAGUGUAGCUGUGGAUUCUAGCGGAACAUUACUGGCUUCGGGUAGUACUGACGAGACUAUACGGUUGUUUAGUCUGAAGGAUCAUAAAGAACUUGGCUCUCUUCACCAACAUGAGGGGUCUGUGACUUGCCUGACAUUCUGUGGUAAUUCUCACAUGAUAAGUGCAAGUGAGGAUAAAACUAUUUGUGUGUGGCAGUGUAAAACAUGGGAAUGCCUUAAGAUUCUCAAAGGACACAAGGGUGCUGUCAAUUCUGCAUCAGUUCAUCCAUCAGGCAGAUUAGCAAUGUCUGUGUCUAAAGACAAGCACCUUAGAACAUGGAACUUGGUUACUGGAAGAUCAGCUUAUGUCACCAACAUAAAGGAAGUUGCAACAUUGAUAAGAUGGUCCCCAUGUGGUGAUAGUUACUCAUUUGUUACUGGCAACAAAGUAGUCAUCUACAAAGUAGCGACAGCUGCCCUUUCUUUUACCAUGGAACUCCCAAAACCUGUUCUGGACGUAAAGUUUUUAAAUGAGACUGUUCUUGCAGUAGCUGGGGAGAUGGAUGGGAUCCAUGUAUUUGAUUCAGAAAACCAGAAGACCUUACAGAUUAUUACAGGCCACGAGAGCAGAAUCAAGGCAUUACAGGUUGUGCAUGACCCGUUGCUAGGUGACAGCAAAGUGAAAUGUAUUCUGCUGUCUGUUUCAUCGGAUGGAGAUUUGAGGGCUUGGUCACUCAAUCCUGAUGAUCUCAGUGAGCAAGCACUGCUUCUGGCAAGGUAUGAGAUGAAUGGCCGGCCAACCUGUAUGACUGUGGCGGUUACAAGACCAAAACCAACACCAUUCAAGGGACAAGAAGAAACACCAAAACCAGAAUCAAACAGUGAUAGACGGACUACGAGCGAAUCAGCCGGCAUACCAAAGAAGAAGAAAACGAAGAAAAAGCGAAAGCGUUCCUCAAAAAAGAAGACGAGUAAGGAAGAGGCUGAGGCGGGGUCGCCAACUAGGGAGGACGAGGCCGCCGAAAAAGACGACCAGGAGGAAGCCAUGAGCGAAGAGGAUUAAGCAGGAGAUUGAAUGGGAAUUGACCAUUUAAAAACCGCCGAGAUCCCAGGAAAACUCACCCCGCCCUCCUAGGCUAUCAGCACCAUCCAGGCGUCAUGGCCAUACUAUGAUGAUCCAGCAUGUUUUUGGGGGGGACGGGGGGGGGGGGGGGGGUGGAGCUUAAAUAUACAAUUUUAUGUUCCGUCAUAUGCUUUAUAUAAUGGCGACCCUUAUCCCUUCUUCCCUGAAUUCAUGUGGAUCAAACCCUGAGAACGAUUGUAAAGAGUCUUAUGUUGCAUUCACACCAAAACUAUGUUUAGUUAAACAAGGUUUUUCUUUCCCUGAUAACUUGCCAAGUUUCUCAGUGUGUUGAAUUCUUACUAGCUAAAUGCUCACUGAGUAACAUGUACAGCACAGUCUAUUCAGUUUUGUUCUUGGUUCUGUCUACUCUUGGGAGAUUGAGAUUUGAAACAGUUCAAUUAAACCACCUUUAAACUGGUUUGAGUGCUGGUGUGAAUGCGGUAUUAGUCUCUUUCGGUGAACUUCGGUGUUUGGAUGAGCGGUUUUUUAGAUCUCGAAUAAAAGGGGCGUGAGUAUGUUAA